AUGGGAAAUUGUAAUAACAGCAAAGAUGUAAAUUUUGAUGAUGCAUUAUGUAAUUUAUUUAUAUGAUUUGAUUUAGUGCCUUGUAAAGCUGAUUUUUCUCUGCUUUUUGUCAUUGGUAGAGGAGGUUUUGGAAGAGUUUGGAAGGCUGAAAACAAAAAAUCAAAAUAAUAGUUUGCAAUUAAAGAAAUGAAUAAAUGCAAGUAAAGAAUUAAUCAUAUAAGAAUAGGAUAAUUAAUAAGAAGAGUGUUAGUUCAGUUAUGAAUGAAAGAUAUUUAUUAAGUAAUUUAAGACAUCCGUAAGAAAAUUUAACUAAAUAGGUUUUUAGUAAAUAUGCAUACUGCUUUUUAAGAUAGAGAAAAUUUAUAUUUGGUAAUGGAUUUGAUGUAGGGUGGUGAUUUAAGAUAUCAUCUAUGCAAACAAAGAAAAUUUACUGAAAGAUAGACAAGUAUAGAUUAACAUUAAUUUUUAAAAGAAUUUUUUAUUGCCUGCUUAUUAUUAGCUUUGGAAUAUUUGCACACAAACACAGUGUUACACAGAGAUAUUAAACCAGAAAACUUAGUAUUUGAUAGAAAUGGUUUGAUAUAAUACUAAAUUAUAAUAGGCUAUUUAAGAUUAACAGAUUUGGGUAUUGCCAGAAUUUGGAAGCCCGAUAACGACAAUGACACUAGUGGAACUCCUGGCUAUAUGGCUCCAGAAGUUAUGUGUAGAUAGGCUCAUGGAGUGGCUUCUGAUUAUUUUGCUGUUGGAGUCAUAGCUUACGAAUGUAUGUUCGGAAAAGUAAUUAGUUCAUUAUUAUGCAGAGACCUUACAUAGGCAAAACUAGAAGAGAAAUUAGAGAUUAAAUAAUGGCUAAAUAAGUCUUAAUUAAAUAGAAUUAAGUACCUGAUAGAUGGUCAGAUGAUGCUGCAGAUUUUAUCAAUAGAACUCUAUAAAGAAAACCGAUGUAUAGGUUGGGAUUUAAUGGGCCUGAAGAAGUGCAAUCACAUCCAUGGUUGAAAGAUAUUGAUUGGAAUAGCUUUAUGAACUAAUCAGCCUUACCUCAAUAUUCCAUAAAUGUAAUUUAAAUUAAUGUAUUUAGAUAAAUAAUGAUAAUUUUGAUGCCAAGUUUGCAAAUAUGAAGGAAGAUGAAGAUCAUGAGACGAUUUUAUUAAAUGGCUAGUUAAUAAGAAGAUAAUCAAUUUAGGAUUAAUUUAAUGGUUAUACAUAUGAUCAAACUAUCACUCAAUAACCAUUCUAGAACAGUAUUAAUUCAAAAUAGACGGUCCCUCAUUUGAAUACCCAGUAACUGACCUCAGCUAAAAGAACAAAUAUUGAAGAAACUAAUCCUCAAUUAUCUCAAAUGUCAUCAAAAAAAUACAAUUUGAUUUCUUAAACUCCUAGAUUAUAAACCAAAAAUAUGCUCACUAGUUAAAAGCCUUAAACAGAUCGAAACUAUUUUACUAACAAAUUUUAAUUCAACUGA